AUGCAAAAUUAUUCUUGGAAAACUUUGAUUAUAUACACAGUCUUAAAAGAACACAACUUUGUGAUGUGGGCCGAUGCAUCGGUUAGAUUUACUGGUACUAAAGAAGCUUUUGACGUGUUUUUCAAACAAGUUAAAGAUGUUGGCAUUCUGGUGAGGAUUAUUGAAAACAAAAAUCCAAAAUCCUCUACUUUUUACCACACGAAGACAGAAACAUUUAAAUUACUAAAUGAAACUGCUUGUAUGUUUAAUUUCAAAUCACUAGAAGCUGGAUUCGUCACAAUUUGGAAAACAUCAUUUACAUGGAAAUAUAUCAUGCAACCUUGGAUAUCAUGUGCCUUGACAGAACACUGUAUGUCUCACUAUAAUCCAGGAUUAGUUCUACAGUGUAAACCUCGAAAGGAAGUUUCAUAUCAUUGCCACAGAUUCGAUCAGUCUGUGUUACAGAUAAUCCUGCAGAGACUAUUCAAUGUCAAGUAUGAUAUAGUGGCCUUAAAUCGUCUACCGAAAAUACAUUAUAUUUACAGAUAG